AAGGUCACAUCAAAAGAGACUGUCACCAAUAUAAAGAAGCACAAAAACUCAAGGUGGAAUAUAAAAUAUAUAAAAAAAACAAAACAACUCUGUUGGAAAACUCAGAAUUAUAUAAUUCGACAGAUAUCAAUAUCAACAAUAACACAAUCUCAGUACAAAUAUUAGAAAAUAAUCAUGAAAAUGAACAAGAACAACUGAUUCAAGAGAAGAUCAGCUUACUUCAAAAAGAGCCAAUAACACAAAACAACACAACAAACAUUCAACAAGAAGUAUUUUCUGAUCUGAAUAUUAGUGAUAUUGACAACCAUAUGACUGAUCUCGAUACCCUACUCCAAGAGAAAAAAAAUCAAGAAAACUCAAUCAUAGCUAAUAAUACAACAGACAAUAUACAACAAAA